UCAUUAUCCAUUUGAGAUUGGUUUAAAGUAGCAGAAGAACAAGCAAAGAGAGAAAAAAAAAAUGGAAGGCACUAUUGUGUUAUACCCUAUAAUGACCAUCGGCCACCUCGUAUCAAUGGUGGAACUAGGUAACCUCAUUCUCCGCCAAUACCAUCACCGCAUCUCCGUUACAAUCCUUAUCACGUCAGACCCAUUUGUCACCCCAGAAGUCACCGCCUUCCUCCGUCACAACUCCAAAACCACCCCUUCGAUUACCUUCCACCACCUCCCUUCCCUCUCCAUCGAACCAUCUCCCAAUCGAAGCCGCGCAGCUGUCCGCGGCGAACUUAUCCACUUAAACAACCCAAACGUCGUCCAUGCGCUUCAAACCAUCUCAGAAACCUCCACUAUUCGAGCCCUUGUCUUAGACUUCUUCUGCGCCCCUGCCUCCACCGUGGCAUCUGAUCUUGGUAUCCCUACAUACUACUAUAUCCCUGCAGGUGCUAUCUUUCUCUCCUUCUUGCUCUAUUUCCCCACCAUCCACAAUCAAACCACCAAGAGCUUCAAGCAACUCACCACGACCCAUCUGCAUUUCCCGGGCUUGCCGCCCAUCUGGGCCUCCCAUAUGCCCGAUCUGGUGCUAGACCGAGAUGACCAGGGCUACUAUUACACGUUAGAGAUCGGUUCCAGCCUACCCAAGUCGAAAGGAAUUAUAGUCAACACUUUUGAGUCCCUUGAGUCAAAAGUGAUCAAAGCCAUCACUGAUGGGCUCUGCAUACCAGACGUUCCAACUCCACCUGUUUACUGCAUCGGACCAUUGAUCGACAGCCCCAAUAGUCAUUCCGUGGAGGAUGAAAAUAUAAAUCAAUGCUUGUCAUGGCUGGAUGCGCAACCGAGUCGGAGCGUCGUGUUCUUGUGUUUUGGAAGCCGAGGUGUGUUCUCGAAGGCGCAGGUGAAAGAGAUCGCAGUUGGGUUGGAGAAGAGUGGGCAGAGGUUCUUGUGGGUUCUGCGGAAGCCUCUCUCAGAGGACAAUGACAAACACUUUUCUUUGGUAAGUAAAGAUCCGGAUUUGGAUGUUCUGUUGCCGGAAGGUUUCUUGGAAAGGACCCAUGACCGGGGCCUUGUGGUCAAGGAGUGGGCUCCGCAAGUGGAAGUGCUUAAUAAGGAAUCGGUCGGUGGGUUCGUGACUCACUGUGGGUGGAACUCGGUGUUGGAAGCAGUUUCUGCAGGGGUGCCUAUGGAGGCAUGGCCUCUCUAUGCUGAGCAGCACAUGAACAGGACAGUUUUGGUGGAGCAGAUGAAACUGGGGAUGCCGAUUGAGGAAUCCGAAGAUGGGAUAGUGAAUGCGGCAGAGGUUGAGAAACGAGUGAGAGCGUUGAUGGAAUCGGAAGAAGGGAGGGUUUUAAGAGAACGGAGUCGCAAGACGAAGGAAGAGGCUAUGGCUGCGUGGUCUGAGGGUGGUUCUUCUAUGAUUGCUUUCACCAAGCUGGCUGACUCAUGGAUCUAUUGAUAUCAACUCGGAUGACUCGGCUGUUUUGAACGGUGUUGAGAUUUUAGGAAGGGAAAAUUACUUGAUUAGUCACUUUGGUUUUCCUUUUCAAAAUUAUCCAAUUUAUGUUUCAAAUAACAAAAAUACGUUGUUUUAAAUUUUGGUUUACAAAAUUACCCAAAAUAGUGUUCAUCUCUCAACUGAAGAAUUUUUUGAUAGUUUUACCCCCUCCUCCCUUCACCCACCUGCUUCUGUCCCCUUCUUCUUUCUACCUUACAGAAGAAAUCAAACGGAAAGAAUAGAUACAUACCAAAGCUAGUAAUCGACACAAUUCUGGGGAAGGGAGAACCGAUGCCCUUCAAAAACCUUUCUUUUUGUAUUAUCGGAAAACAGAUCUACUUGUCAAACAUUCCCGUAAAGAAGAGUAAAGGAAGGAGAAAAGAUCGGAAGAAUUUCAUCAAACAAAAAUCCAGAAGGGAGAGUUGAGGUUGAGGAGCGCUCUCUCAUGAGUAUAUAAAAAACUUCUUUAUGUAGGAAAAAAAAGAGAGGAUGAAAGGACUUGGUGCUGCUCA